AAGGAAUAUACAGUUAAUUAACUGAAAGUCUCCAAAACUUCCAUGUCCACCAUUUCAAAGGGAAAAAAAAAAGCUUGCAACUUUAUCCAUUAAUACCUCUCAAUGAACUCGACAAUACAUAACCAUUCCAUCACCACAACUCCAUCAACUCACCCAUCUUCACUCUUCCCUCAAAUCUCGAGCUGCAAAUCUAUCAAACACCUCAAACAAAUUCAUGCACACUUCAUCAAAACCGCCCUUAUCAGUGACCCUCUUGCAGCUGCAGAAUUUCUUAAGUCCCUCUCCCUCUCGAACCACCGCGACCUGAGCUAUGCCCGUAAGUUUUUCAACCAAGUACAUCAACCAAAUUGCUUUUCUUGGAACACAAUUAUCCGAGCUUUCGCCGAAUCUGAUGAUAGUAAUGAGCACCCAUUAGAAAGCUUGUUGCUUUUUAGUAGAAUGUGUAGUGAUGGUAAUGUUGAGCCUAAUAGAUUUACUUUCCCUUCUGUAUUAAAAGCUUGUGCUAGAACAGCAAGGUUACGAGAAGGGAGACAAGUUCAUGGAUUUGUUGUUAAGUUAGGGUUUGAUAGUGAUGAAUUUGUUGCUAGUAAUCUUGUUAGAUUGUAUGUUAUGUGUGGUGUUAUGGAUGAUGCUUCUGUUUUGUUUAGGAAGCAUGUUGUUCAGUAUGAUGAUUGUGGUAAAUUAGUGAGGAAUACGCGGAUGAGAGACGGUAUUGUGGUUCUGUGGAAUGUGAUGAUUGAUGGGUGUGUAAGAAUUAAGGAUCUUAUAGCUUCGAGGAAUCUGUUCGAUGAAAUGCCUCAUAGAAGUGUUGUUUCGUGGAAUGUGAUGAUAUCGGGGUAUGCGCAAAACGGGUAUUUUAAGGAGGCGGUAGAAAUGUUUCGUGAUAUGCAAAUGGGUGAUAUAUCUCCGAAUUAUGUGACUUUGGUUAGUGUUCUUCCUGCAAUUUCAAGAUUAGGUGCACUUGAAUUGGGAAAAUGGGUUCAUUUGUACGCAGAGAAGAAUGAAAUUGAGAUCAAUGAUGUGCUUGGUUCUGCUCUGAUUGAUAUGUAUUCGAAGUGUGGAAGCAUUGAGAAGGCAAUUCAAGUAUUUGAGAGCGUACGCAACAAGAAUAAUGUCAUUGUUUGGAGCGCUAUAAUUGGCGGGCUAGCUUUGCACGGGCGAGCAAAGUGUGCUCUUGCUUAUUAUAGGAUGAUGCAGGAAGCUGGUCUGGCACCGAGUGAUGUUGUGUAUAUCGGCCUACUGAAUGCUUGUAGCCAUGCUGGUUUAGUCGAAGAGGGUCGUUUGUUAUUCAAUCAUAUGAUCAAUGUCGACGGUCUAGAACCUAGGAUCGAACACUAUGGAUGUAUGGUUGAUCUUUUAGGCCGUGCCGGGCUUUUAGAAGAGGCUGAACAAGUUAUAAGAAAAAUGCCUAUCAAACCAGAUGAUGUGAUAUGGAAAGCCUUACUUAGUGCUUGUAAAAUGCACGGAAACAUCGAGAUGGGGGAGCGAAUCGCACGUAUUUUGAUGGAAUUGUUUCCAGAAGACAGCGGCUCGUACGUAGCUUUAUCCAAUAUGUUUGCCUGUAGAGGAAACUGGGAUGGAGUGUCAGAAGUGAGGCUGAAAAUGAAGGAACUAGAAAUAAGGAAAGACCCUGGAUGUAGCUGGAUUGAACUUAACGGGGAGAUUCACGAAUUCCUUGUAGAAGACGGUUCAAAUCCUCGAGCUCAAGAAAUCCGUUCGAUGUUGGAGGAGAUUUCUAGUCGACUGAGAUCAAUAGGGUACCAACCCGACACAACACAAGUGACGGUCAACAUUGAUGAAGAAGAUAAAGAAAAUGCAUUGAACUAUCAUAGUGAGAAGAUUGCUAUUGCCUUCGGAUUAAUUAGUAGUAGCCCUCAAAGUCCACUUAAGAUUGUUAAGAAUUUAAGAAUUUGUGAAGAUUGUCACUCUUCUAUUAAGCUAAUUUCAAAGAUUUAUAAACGUAAGAUCAUCGUAAGGGAUCGAAAACGUUUCCACCAUUUUGAGAAUGGAUCAUGUUCUUGUAUGGAUUAUUGGUAGUUAAGAUCAAUAUCUGUCAAGAUUAUAUAAAUUAAUAACUGUGCUAUGAUUAUGAUAA